AUGCUUCAUGUAGUAAUACAUAACUUCAUGAGAAAAGAAACUGAAACGAAUUCAUUUAUCAUCGUCUUAACAGCUUCUAAUGUUGUUUCUCAGGUAGCAAUUCGAAUCAUCAUCAGAAAUGAACGAAGUGAACAACAGAACGAGAUUGAAGUACAAUUGGAACUUUACCUGCCAGGAAGAUAA